UACGAGGGUGUUGCACCGUGCAGAAUUGAUGUUUUUGUGCGCUUGCUUUUGUGCAUCGAGUAUUGUACCGGUGCUCACAUCUGUUCAUAGUUGCGACAGUUGUGACUGUACUCAAUUCUGUUCUAGUACUGUAAACUCUACCCACUGCCUACUAGACGCAGUUCGUGAUACAGUAGAUUCGGUUUCUUCAACUAGUUAUACAAGUUCCGUUGCUAUUGCAGCUCUUGUCAUUUCCAUUUUUUCACUAAUUCUCAUCUUUAGCUUGCUUGCUUAUGUCUCGGGAUCCACUACCAUUGAUUAUACUCACCAAGCCGACGUUUGCUUAUGUAAGCUUGAAGGUGCAUUAGAGCCUAUCAUCCAACUGAUUGAUUCUUGCACCGAAUCUUCUUGUGACAGUAUGUGUAGUUCCUUUGCUGACAGCAUCAAUUUCAAUUCUACUUGCCUUUAUAGUCAGACAAAUGUUGAUGAUACCAUUGACGAGGACCUCGAGAUUAUAAGAAGUCAAAUCAGUGGAAUUUAUGACGCUUUCAAAGCAUUAUUCGGAGGCAAAGGUACUUAUAUUUAUAAGGCUCUGGAGGCAGAUCUGGAAAAACGUGAGGAUGAUUCAGAUUUUAAAUAUCUCAAGCCGACACCGACACCGACAACGGCACCAAAGAAGUGAAAGUCGUUAUAUCCAUAGUUAUAUUUUUAGUGUUGUGUUUUUUGCCUUGUUUAGGCAGCCUUUGAGUUUUCUAAAGUUAAAUUCGUUUCUUUCUUUGAAUGCAAUCCAUAUACGUUACAUUUCGAUUCUAUCUUCACAAAACACUUGAAAAUCAAUUACACUGUCAACUGAUAAAUAUGUAUUGUAUCAAAAGUAAUGAAAGGUGGAUGAACAUCUCUUGAAAGCAACUCCUUAUUUUAUUAUCUCGAUAAGAAAAUGAUCGAAAAGUUUAGGAGCAAUUCAAGCAACUAGUGAUUUCCAUUGACUGUUUUGUUCUAUCCUAGAAGCAAAGAGUUGGUUUCUGUGAGAUAUAUAGAAAAGGAAGCUGGUGAGAACUAAAAUGGUGCACAGACACGAGUUCUAUCGAAACGUCGCAAAGAUAGCAUGCAUGUCAACAUAAAUAGAAAAAGAAGCUA